GGCAACAAAGUAAGACUCUGUCUCAAAAAAAAAGAAAGAACAGUACUAAACCAAGUAGGGAAAAAAGAUGUGUUCAGGAAGGGAGGGGGGUUGUGAGGAGAGCACUGAGGAUGCAGUUCAGGACAUCUGAGCUGGAACAAGCAGAGGGGAGGAGCUGGGCUAAUGCAGCAGGCACAAAGGCCAUGGGGCAGCCAGUGGCUGGAGCUCAGCACAAAGUAGCCCAUGAGGGGCAUGUGGAAGACUAGGUCAAAAUGAGUUGGGGAGAGGUUGGGUCAGUUGUUUGAGAUGCUGGAGGGCAGGGCAUGGAGGUGGGGAGCUGAGGAGGAUCUGCCUUCUGAUGUGGCCUCUCUGUCCCUGCCCUUCUCUGUAGGCCCCUGACUACUGACUGCCUGGCUGCCGUGCCUGGCUCUGUCCAGACCCACUGGUUCUGUCCCAGGAUCUAGCAUCCCCUGCACACCCUCUCGGAGGGGUCGUGUGGCCAGAGAAAUGCUCCCACUGGCCAAAGCCUCCACCUUCCCUAGUGGCCCCCAGUCCCCAGCCCCAAGUGGCUGGGAUGAGGCCCUUGGGCCUGCCAGCCUCAAGGACACUGAGGCCCAGUGCUUGCGCUUCUGGCACUUCCAGUACCACGUGGCCACAGGGCCUCUCUGGGCGCUGUGCUGCCCGUGGCUAUGGCCCAAGGUGGGCUCCAAGGAGCAGGUGCUGGAGCUGCUGGUGCUGGAGCAGUUCCUGGGUGCACUGCCCAGCAAGAUGAGGACCUGGGUGCAGUCGCAGGGCCCCCCCACCUGCACGGAGGCCGCCAGCCUGGUGGAAGACCACACAGAUGAGCCCGAGGGCUCAGUGGACCAGCCACCAGGUGCCAGGGCAGUAGGGCCACUGACGUCUGGAGAUGGAUCUCUUCUCUUCCCCUGCACUGCUCCAGCCCCUCCUGACCAGCAGCAUCCGAUCCCAUCAAACCUCUUUGACCUGCCCCUCACCUGUGUUUUUAAUUUUUAACGCAUAAAUGUCAUUGUGCUGUACACCUCAUCUGCCUGCAGUUUCUCGCUCAGUGAUUAUAAAGAUCCCUCCAUUUUUCAUGUGCCCAUCUUUUGUGUCCGCUGUCUCCUCACUGUCCACUCUCCCAGGAAGGACACCAGGCAGCUACCCGCUCCCUGCCACAGCACCGCAGGGAACUCUUAGGAAUCACAGACCCCAUCCGACAGACUUGACUGGCUGUUUGUGGUUAGAGACAGGUCUGCACCAUGGCAGGUGGGACCUCCCUGCUUGGGGAGCCCAGGGAUCCAGUGUUUGUUCUCCUCCUCUGCCUUUUACUCCGAGAGCUUCCUCCUGUGUUCCUGGCCCUGUGUCCCCAUGUGGAGACUUCAUCCACUCAGGGCUCAGUCCCACAGAACAGGGCUCUCUCUUUCCUAGUAAUGUCAGGAAUUGGAUCCUGGGAGGCCUAAAGAAGCAAGUAUGGAUGGCAAGAGCCCGCCAUGGCAGCGUGGCAUAGGAACGGCUCCCCCAGCGAGUCUCAGUGGAUAUGUGGGGAGAGGGAAGGGGCCACCCGGUGUGGGUGCUGCAGGCCGGGGGUGAGAAAGGCCCUUUUGUGUACAGGCGUCAGAGGUCCCUUAGCCCAGAGAAAGGGGGCUGGAGAAGGGAGGACAGACCACCCUCACCUCCCACUCUAAGGCUGGCCGGGUCACAGAGGGCCGACAGGGACGCGCUUGGAAGAGCUCUCCAGUCACGCUUUGCAGAGGCCGGGGGGUAGCCCUUAAAGGGCUUGAAGGUAGGCCAAGCGCAGUGGCUCACGCCUGUAAUCCUAGCACUCUGGUAGGC